AUGCUCUUCCUGACGGCAGUCUCUGCGAUCUGCUAUCGUCAGCACCCGAGUCUCCCGGCCACCCGCACGCCGCGCCGCGCCGCCGCCUCCCUCUCAGCUCUCCCACCGCCGGACUACAUGAGCGACGCGGCGCUCAAGGCUGAGCUUCGAGCGCGUGGCCAAUCCGCGAAGGCGCUUGGCGACGCGCAAGCCGCCUGGCGCGCCGUCCUCAUUCGCCAUCUCCUCGCCGCACGCACUGACGAUGCCGCAGCGGCGCAGCCAGCGGCUGGGAAGGAGAGGCGCCCUCCGACGAUCGAGGGCGCAGCGGCGCGUGGGGCGGCCAGAGGCGGCGCCUCCUUCUCAUUUCUGCGGCCGACUCCCGCCGCGGCGCCUCCUGUGGGUGGAGAGUCGCCUCUCGCUGCGCCCGAGUCGCUGUCCGAGCGAGCAAUCAAGGCGGAGCUCGACGAGCGCGGUGUCGCCUGGCGUGGCGUCUUCCCCAUGCUGCCCGCCCUGGACGGCAUGAGCGAGGAGCAGCUCGCCGCGGAGAUCGAGGGGCUGCGCGAAAGGCCGCCUGCUGCCGGCGCUGCCGGCACUGCCGGCGGGGAGGGCCGCGGGGAGGGGGCGCCGCUGCCUGCCGAGGCCGCUGCAACCUCCGGAAGGCCGGCGCUCGAGGCGGCGCUGCUGCGCGCCCGCGCGGACCGGUGGCGCAGGGUGGGCUACUCGUAGCGCUUAUGGCUCUACUAACUAGCGGUAUGUCGUAUGUGCGGCCCGGGGGGGCGGCGCCAGGUGGUUUCAUGAAAGCGCUUGAGCGCGCAUGCUCUGA